AUACAAAACUUCAAUCACGCAUUCAAUUAUUAUGCCCAUUAUCCAAAAUAAAACGAUAUCUAGUCCCAAAUUUAUCAGCAAACCAAUUUUAUAAAAUCAUUUAUUAUGUUCAAAUUUCAAUAUUGCCUACCCUGAUCUUUAUCACCUUAACUCAUUUUCUCAUCAAUUACAUGUAGUACAAAUACCACAACUUCCCUUGUUUUUACCCCUUUUCUGAGCAAAUGUAACUCCUUUUCUUGAAUUUUAAAAAACAACAUGAAGUAUUUAAUUCUACCAGUCAUACCAAUAACCUGAAGCAUAACCAAACAAAAAAGGGAUUGCAGUAAUAUCAUAUGUGAAUACCGUGAAUUAUUCAACACAAACAUAACCUCUGUUCAAUCUGUCAUCUGCUCAUCCGUUAUCAAGUAUUUUUAUGUUUUCACCAAAUCGACUUAAAUGUCUGAAAGAAAAGGAGUAUUUUUGAAUUGGAAAAUUUGGAAACGUAAAAAUGAUAUUGACAAUAUCAAGUGACACAUUGUCAGGGGAAUCCCAGGCGGGAAUUGGACACUGUUCAGAAUUACGAUUUCGGGCUUCAUCAUCCCGUGACACAGUUACUAUGGAUCCUUCGUGUUCGAAAAGUUGCAUUAAAACACAUUUUAAAGAACUUCAAGAUACAGUUUUGUAUCGCUUAUCACAAUCGGAAAUAAAAAGUGAAGCACUAAUAAAGUUGAAAGAAAAUUUCCGAGAGGUAAUUGGUUUUAAACGAGAUUUCAAUCGGAUUUGUGAUUUCGCGAGUCUUUUCACCAUUCUCAAAAAACGAGAUGAGUUAUCAUAUAAUAAAUUAGAACCGUUUAAAAUUUCUUCGGAUAUUAUUGGUGACAAAUUUUUGAGGGAUAAGAUAUUGAAGUUUGAAGAAAAAUGGCAAGGAAACGAAUUCAGAGACCUUUACGAAAAUGAUAAUGCAAAUUAUUCGCAAAAUCAAGCAGCUCAUAGUUCAAAGGCCACGAGUUCAAAUAUGCCGGGAUAUCCUUAUAAUUCAACGAGAGAAACGGAAAUGGGAAAAAGAGCUCUAAAACGAAUAAGUGAGAGAAUUGGAAAUAGAUGGAGAGAUAUGGCACGAAAUUUGGAUAUCCGAGAAUACGAUAUCGAUGCGAUAGAUGCAAAAUAUGAAAGAGACCUCAAAGAAAAAGCCUACCAGGCUCUGAUAGUCGCUCAAGCCGAAUCAGAUCCUCGGCGAUGGAAGAGUAAUUUAAUGCGCGCCUUGGUCGAAGCAAGGAGAAAAGAUCUUGCUGAUUGGAUCGACGAAAAUUAUCAUGAAAAUUAAAGAACGAUUGUGUACAUACAAUUCGCCUUUGUAGGGUUAUAAUAUUUUUUCUAAAAUUGGGAAAACCAUAAAUUCGUUCUCCAAAA